AUGGCUACUAAAACAAUAGCAAGCGCGACAGUACGUGCUGUUAAAAAACGCAUAUUGCCAUCAAGAGCAGCACUUAUUUUGACCCCUUCAGCAGUAAAUAAGGUCAAGGAGAUAAUGUCUAAAGAAGAAGCUAAAGGCUUUAUUGGUUUAAAAGUAGGUGUCCGACAAAGAGGCUGCAAUGGUUUAUCAUAUACAUUGGACUAUGCUACUACAAAAGGAAAACUUGAUGAAGAAGUAAAGCAAGAUGGUGUAACCAUAAUUAUUGAUAAGAAGGCCCAGCUGACUCUAUUAGGAACAGAAAUGGAUUUUGUUGAAGAUAAAUUAUCAGCAGAAUUUGUGUUUAACAACCCUAAUAUAAAAGGCACCUGUGGUUGUGGAGAAUCUUUUAGUAUA